GUUAUUGUUCCACGGUCAAGGAAGUUAAAUCAUGUACCAUGGUAUAAUAUCAUUCUUCAUUGCUUUUUCAACGGUUUUUCAUUUUAGUCAGUGAUAAAAAUUAUUUGAUAAGAAUGUCGCCCAGAUACUGUUGUGAAUAUUGUAAUAAGGACAUUCAGUAACAACUAUUGUCCGCGUGACUUGGCGUAACAACUCUUAUUACUCGCACGUUGUUUCCUGAUAUUUUUUAGUUUUUAGUUAUUAGUUUUCAUUGAAUAUUUUUGUUAAAACAGUCUCUUAUUUAAAAUUGUCAGCGUUAUCGUGAGCUGUGAGAUUAACAUUUCUAAUUAUGUUUUCAUUUUUAAAAUUUUUAAAUGCCAAAUCGGAUGCUGAUAAGAAUAAGGUUCCUGACAACUUGAGCGGGACAACAUUAAAUCUUAAUAGUCCAGAGGCCAGUGCUCUCAAUAUAUUUCACAACAAGUUGCCCAUAGCCCAUAAAUCAAAUGAAAUUAAUUCUCCCUUAAGAUCAAGUUGUAAAGAAACUGUUACUAGCCCUGGAUUUAGUUAUCGAAUAGUUCAAAGAGCUCGUGAAAUGAGGUCAACUACACCAAAUAUGGAUUUAUCAAAUUUGUCAACACCAUUCACAUUAGAGAAUAGUUUAAAUGGAAGGAAUACAAUCAAUGGCAAUUAUUCAAUGAGGGAUGGAUAUGAUAAAAAGAGGAAAUUGAUGGAAACAUUGGAUAAUUUUGGUAUUAGGAAAAGAACUCGCCAAGUGAGCAGUGGUGAUGCAUUUGUUGAUCGACGUCGAAAAACAAUAACUGAAUCUAACACUCCUGAUCGUUUAACAGUUAUGAAUGGACAUAAUCAUAGAUUAACUCAACCAAUAUCAAUAGUUAUGAACUCUAAAAAUAUCAACAUAGACAACAAAAAAACUAAAAGACAUGGAGAUUUUGAAACAAAUAUGUGUCAUUCACAGAAGAAACCUAAGACUCGUAAUAAUGAAAUAUUGAGCUCCUAUAGCUCUAGCAAGUUCUUACUUAAGUCUGGUCAGAAAAGACCUUAUCCGAGAGAUCAUGAAGAUAACUCACCAAAUCGUAAACACUGUAAAAGCUGUACAUGUUGUGGAUCUACUGUGCUACUUGAAAAUGAUCAAAAUAAACUUAAUAAAAGUGACAAAACAACAGAAACAGACCUAUCCGAUGAUUUAGUAACAGUUGCAGCCAGUCGAAUAUUUAACAGAAGUGGGAAAACACAGGUUGUGAAGAAAAUAACUAUGAAAACUAUACUUGAUGAAGUAUUUGACGAUGUUGAUCCUGUACCAUAUACUAGUAUUGAUAAGCUCGAAGAAAAAAAGAAAAAUGCAGAAAAUAGAACUCCCAAACUGAAUGAAAUACAGCCAGCGAUUACUGCUAAUUUAUUUAGUGUACCUGUUUCAAGUGCUACAUCAGUGACAACACCUUCAACACAAUCUAUGUCUCUAAUUUUUGGUCAUAAUCUGUCUGAAAAUACACCAAAAGUAAAUGAAGAAAAUAAAAUUAACACACCAUUACAGUUUAAUUUUGAAAGUCCAACAGCUUCUGCUGUAUCAUCAGUAGAAACGAAUAAUAAACAAACUAAUGAAGGAGUUGAAAAACUGAAUGAUAAAGAUAAACCUAAAUCUAUUAAUAAUAUAAUUACUUUUGAAACUCCAAAGAAUUCGGUACAAAGGCCUAAUCAACAACCUAAAUUACAAUUUCAAUCGCCAGAGAAAAAUGAAAAUACUAAUGAUAAAUCUCCAACUGAAGGACAAAAAGAUUCUAAAAAUGAUAAAAAUGUACCAUCUUUUCAGUUUACUAUUCCAACAUCAACUCCAGGUGGAUCUAUUGUAAAUUCAUCUACAACUAAUAAUCUUUCUAAAAUAAAUGAAAACAAUUUGUCUGUAUCACGUUUUGAUAGUCCAAUAGAAAAUUCUUCAAACAAAAUAAGUUUUACUUUUGAAACUAAUGAAAAACGUUCAACACCUGUAAUGCAAUUUGGUGCACCAAAAGUUGAUGACAAACAAUCAACACCAGUAUUUCAAUUUGGUGCGCCAAAAGCUGAUGACAAACAAUCAACACCUGUAAUGCAAUUUGGUGCAUCAAAAGUUGAUGACAAACAAUCAGCACCUGUAAUGCAAUUUGGUACAUCAAAAGUUGAUGACAAACAAUCAACACCUGUAAUGCAAUUUGGUGCUCCAAAAGUUGAUGACAAACAAUCAACACCAGUCAUGCAAUUUGGUUCGCCAAAAGCCGAUGACCAACAGUCAACACCAGUAAUGCAAUUUGGUGCACCCAAAGUAGAUGACAAACAAUCAACACCUGUAUUGCAGUUUAAAACUACUAAAGAUGCUGUAAAUCCAACUUCUACUUCAUUAUUUUCAUUUGGAAAUAAUCAAAAAUCAAUUGAUAAUUCAAAAACUACUGAACCUAUUAAAUUUCAAUUUGGUUCAUCAAAACCUGAUACUACAUCUUCAACAGAAUCAAAAAAUGUAGUAAUUGGAUCAAAUAACUUACAAAAUCAAAAUCUUUUUAAUUUUGGAAAAACCAAUAGUAAUAUAUUAUCAUUGACUACUAGUAACCCUCCUAAAUAUGAUAGUAUUAGCGGAAAGUCGCCUCAAAAAUUACAAUUUGGUACAUUGCCUACACCAGUGUUUGGAACAUCAAAUUCUGAUCAAUCAAAAUCUCAGUUCACUAAUUCUGUUAGCCAAUCUAUUGACAGUCAAGGACCUAAAUUAGUUUUUGGCCAAACUACUGAAAAUAAAUCUGCAACAUCGACUUCUAGCAUGCUUUUUCCUAAUAACACAGCUAAUGGUGUAUUUCAAUUUAAUAGUUCUAGUUCAAAACUUAAUGAUAAACCUUCUGAAACACCAACUAAUUCAUUUCAAUUUUCUUCAGUCAAAACUGCUCCUUUUGGUGCUUCUGCUCCACAAGAUAAGACAGCAUUUCAGUUUAGUGUACCAAAAUCAGAAGAUUCUAAAACACAAUUUUCAACUCCAACAUUUGGGUCACAAAAUUCAAAUAUUGCUCCUUUUAAAUUUGGGAGUAACGAUAAACCAGCAUCUUUUGGAAAUACAUUCCCUGCCUUGAAUCAACCAUUACAAUUUACAAAUAAUACUGAAAAACCAGUGGAACCAUUUAAAUUUGGAAGUGCUGCCUCAGCUAGUAAUACAUUUCAAUUUAAUGCUAACAAGAAUGUUAGUAGUCCUGUGAAAUUUGGUCAAACUUCAAAUACAUUUUCUACACCAACAUUUAGUGGUUUUGGCAGUUCAGCACCUCCACAAACCACGUCAUUUGGUAAUGUUCAACCAUCACAACCCUUACCAUUUGGCAACAUGACUUCUCCUAAUGCAGCCCCCACAUUUGGUAAUACAACAUCACCACCUUCAUCUAAUACAUUUGGAACAAAUCAAGGUUUUCAAUUUGGAAGUACAAGCAAUGCUCCUAAUAACUCAUCGACUUUUGCCUUUGGUGGUACUCAACAACCUCAAAAAUCAGAAGGAGCUUUCAAUUUUAACGCCGCUUCACCCCCGGCUGUUUCUCCUUUCCAAUUUGGUCAAACACCAUCAGCAUUAUCAACACCACAAUUUGGAGGAACGCAAACCCAAGGAUCAUUUAAUUUUGGAUCACCUCAAAUAACUGCAACUGUUAUGCCAGGAUCUAGCCAACCAUUAUUUUCAAUGGGAACAGCUCCUGCUGGUGAAAGACGUAAAGCUAAAGCAGUUAGAAGACGACAAUAAUUAAAUAUGAACUAACUUUUUAAUUUUUAAAAUACUUAUAUUUUACCUAUGUAAAUGUAUAUUUUGAACUAACUCAACCAGACUAUUGAAUUGUGGUUUAGAAGUCAUUAAGACUGACUUAAUUUUUCUAAAUAUUCAAUCUAGAAUAAUCAAAUAAUUAUAAUUGCAUUAUACAAUAC